UGCUCUCGCCUGGCCAAAUCCGAGAGGCCUGUCAACACUUCUGUUCUGCCACCUUCACACAACUUUGCGCUCCGGAGGCGCUGAAGGUCGAUUUUACUGUUAUUUCUCAUGAACACACACCAGUCUUCCUCGAGCCCAUGACCCAGCAAGAGCAGAAUGAGUUCAGAGAGAGCUGCGAGGACGCCCUGUCGUGGAUGCAGGCCGUCCAGGAGAGGCUCAGGCUCAAUGACAACACUCAGGGGCCCAGGGCGGCGCUGGAGGCCAGGCUGAGGGAGACAGAGAAAAUCCGCGAGUCGGAGCAGGAUGGUCGGCUGAAGAUGGACUUGGUGCUGGCGGCUGCAGAUACACUCCUGAAUAGCGGAGAUGAGGAAAUGAAGAACCAAACUCACUCCAAACUGAAAGACCUGAAGGCUCUGUGGGAGGAGACUUCAACCUACAUCAUCCACUGCCACAGCCGUAUAGAGUGGGUGUGGCUGCACUGGAGUGAGUAUCUGAAGGCCCAUGAGGAGUUUAACAUGUGGCUGGUGAAGAUGCAGAGGACACUGGAGCCACAGCUGGAACUGCAGCUGGGUCUGCGCGAGAAGCUGUGGCAGCUGGACCAUCACCGUGUCCUUUGCAGUGAUGUGAAGGCCCAGGCUCAGCUCCUGGAGAGGCUGGUGGACGAGGCUGCGGCUCUUCACAACCGCACACAGGACACCAGUGUGGACGAAAACGCCCAGGACGCACUGCAAGACGCCUACAACAACAUCCGCACCAAAGCAGAGGAGAGGCUGGCUCUGGUCCAGAAAGUGGCAGAAGAGGACCAGCAAUUCCAAAAUCAUGUUCAUGAAUUCCAGAAGUGGCUGGUGUUGAAAACAGAAGAAGUGAGUCGCUUCACAGAGCUGGAGGACACUUCUGAGAAUAGACUGGAGGCCCUGCAGGAGCUGGACGCCAGUAUAGCUCAUGAGGAAGAGACGUUACGGUACAUUGAAGGUUUGGCUGAGGCUGUGAAGGUCAACACGUCUCCGGCUGGAGCGGAGACCAUCACAGAGGAGGUGGAGGAGCUGCGGCUGGCCUGGCAGAGACUCCGUCAGGCCCUGGUGGACAUCCAGGAGGAACUGCAGAGCUUGCUAGACUCCCACAGUCAGUACCUGGCCCGCAGAGAGGAGCUGGUUGCUGGUAUCGGGCAGCUGCGGGCGCUGGUGCAGAAAAUGAGCCGCGAGCUGGAGAGUAAAGAUGGAGAGAGGACGGAGGAGCACAUGGUGACUCAGUGGAGGAAAUACACAGGCGUGCGGAACGUACUUUUGGCAGAGGAGCCGAGGGUAGAGCAGCUCAAAACCCAGCUGAAGGAGUUAUUCAGGUUCCCUCAGGACCACAGAGAGCUGUCUGAUGAUGUUCUGGCUGCAGUUAAGGAGUAUCAAAGUGUGAAAGGCCGUUCGUCCCGGCUGUCCUCGGAGAGUGAGACCGCUCUGAGGCAGGUUCUGCAGGACCCACUGCAUGGCUUUAGUCAGUGGAGUCAGGCUGUGUCUCAGGUUCUGGAGGCUUCAGCAGAAGUGACCGAGUUUUCCCACAUCGCUCUGCUCGUGCAGAAUAUUGAGAAGCUCCUAAAGCACAGUGUGCAGCUCCAAGAACGUUUGAGCCUGCUGCAGGUGAAGGCUGAUCUCCUGACUGCCGUUUUUGGGAAGGACAAAGCAGACAGUCUGCUGGAGGAGCUCACUGCGGACAUGAGGAAGAGGGAGCUGCUCCACAGCCAGCUUGUGCAGAGGAAGAGUCGACUACAGGGACUGAUCUCAAGGACGAAGGACUUUGGUGAUGCCUACGACUCUAUUCAGAAGAGACUGGCCUCCAUAAAGGAGAGAUUUCUUGCAGCAGAAGGGCUCCAACCUGACAUUCUUGCCAAGAAGAGCCAGGCUGACCAGCUAAAGGUCAUUAAGAGGGACCUGGAGGACAGUGAGGCUCACAUCACGGUUUUGGAGACGCUGGUGUCGUCCAGCCCGACGAACAGGACGAAGUUUGAGCGCCUCUACGCAGACUGGAAACUGCUCUAUAAAGCAGUUCGGGUGAAGGUGAACGAAAGUGAGGAGAGCAUUUCUGAGCACGAGAAUUUCCAUGAGAGUCUGCUGAACGUGGAGAAAUGGCUGAUGAUCAUGAGGCAGAAGCUGGAGUCGUUCCGCGGGCCGAACGGGGAGUGGAGCGUGGAGAACCGGCAGCAUGAAGCAGAGAGGGCGCUGGGGGAGUUCCCUGAGAAGGAGCUGCAGUUGCACCGGACCGAGGGACAGGGUCAGGCUGUGCUGGCCAAAACCUCUGAGGAAGGCAAAGUUCACAUUCAGCGAGACCUCAAGCGCCUCCGUGAAUCAUGGAUGUCCCUUCACUCGCUCAGUCUUAACCUCUACAGGCUUCUUAAUGGUCACCGAGCAUCAGGGGAAACAGAUUCUUCCUUUUACGCACACGAGGCAGAUGAUUGCCUGGAGCUUGACCAGAGACGUGCGCCAUUCGAGGAGGCCGGUUCACUCAGAGGCAGCGGAUCUACAGGCAGAGCCAGAGCAGAUGGUCAUCCAGCCCAGGAGCCUGACUGGCCUUAUGAGGGCUCAGGGUCGGGCAGAGGGUCAGGAUUCGGAGCUGCUGGGAGAUUUGUUACAGGUCAUGAUGGUGAAGGUCAGAUAGCUGAUGGGCAGUUCAGUCCUGGAGGUAAAGUCAAAAUUCCCCCAGAGCUGAGAGGGAAGACUGUAGAUGAUGUGGACUCGAUGGUAAUAGGAAGAGGCUACGAGGUGCAGAAGGAUGGAGGAGAUCAGUGUGGAGCAGGUUUGGUGAGGAGAGGAGGAUCCAGGAGUGGAGGGAGGACAAGAGAAUGGGUUGAAGAGCAUGCAUCUGGUGUAGAGGAUCUUGAUUUGGAGGGAAAAUAUGGCUUAAGUAAGGGUCUGUAUGAAAGUGAAGACCAAGCUGGAGCUGGACUCGCAAGAUCCAUCAGAACCUCAGACGCCGAAUUUAGGAAAAGGCAGCCAUCUCCGUACAAACCAGGUGCAGCUCACGGAUUAAUGGAGAGUGCCGUGAGAGAGCACGAUCGUGAUUGGGAGGCUCUUCGGAGAGAGUUCGAGGCUUGGCUUCGUAAGGAAAACGACAAACUCUCAGCAGUUGUGAACAACCAAAGAGUUUCGAGCGCCAAAGAAUUGAAGAUAAGACAGAAUACACUCAAGGGUUUGCGUGCUGGGGUGACCAGGGGUCAAGCUCUGUUCCAGCAGCUGAUGGACUCGUGGCAUUCUGAUGCUGGAGGAGAAGAUGUGAGUAUGGAGGAGCUGCGGUACAGAUGGAUGCUCUACAAAUCCAAACUGAAGGACGCAGAAAAUGUCAAAGCUCGGCUCAAACGCAAGGGUGAAGACAUCCAGCAGGAGGAGCUCAUCCGAACUUCAAAGGGGAAGAGUUGCUGUGGGUUCCUGUACCGUGUCUGUCGUGUGGCUCUCCCUCUGCAGCUGCUCCUGCUGGCUCUGCUGCUGCUGGCCUUCCUGCUGCCCAUGAUGGACGAAGGCACCAGCUGCUCGCUGUCCAACAACUUCGCCCGCUCCUUCAACAUCAUGCUGCGUUACCACGGCCCGCCGCCCACCUAAACACGCACCCACGCACACCUACACGCUCCGGAGAAGCUUUUUCUCAGAGCCCCCCUCCUUCCCUGACCAGUAUACCUGUGGAAUGUAAACCUUAUGUAAUGGACUUAAUACUUUUCCAAACGCUAAAAGUGAAAAACAAAGGCCUGCGGAGAUGCACAGUCUACAGCUCAUCCUGCGUCCCCCAGAGUCGACUACUUUAGCUUCAUAUUUCACACUCGGCUGGGCCCAGCAGAACAGGAGCUCGUGUGUGCGUAUGUACGUAUGUGUGUCUAUGCAUGUGUGAGUGAGUGGGUGGCUCGCUUUGACACUCGCAACCUGUUCCACAUGACUCAAGCUGUUCCACUCUCUUCAUCCAUUCGGAGGAGGCAGUGGAGUGCAGAAGCCCUUUACAAGGCAUUUCUGUCCUGCUUUGCUGUUCCACUGCGCUGCACCGCACAAUAGUGCUACUGUAUGUGCUCAGUUGGCAUAAGUAACCUGCUUUUUCUCAUGCUUCAUUUCAGAAAAGCAGAAUUUCCCCAGGCCAUAUUUUAAGCCUGAAAAACUCUAGUUAUGGCUGUUUGUUUACUAUAUAUUGCUUAAAUAGGAUAACUAAACUUAAAUAUGAAUUCCACCAAUUUUUCACAAUUUCUGCAUAAUUUUACACAUCUUCUGAGUUUCUGUAUGUAAUGCUGUAUGUAAUCUGAAAAAAAUCAUUUUUUGCAGACUAUUUUGUCUUACAACAAGCUACAUGUACCCCUCCAGUAUUAAUGGAUUUAUAUAUUUUAGACACAAAUCUUCUCAGAACCAUUUUAAAACAUUGUCACAGGCAUCAGGCAGUGAAUUCAUAACCAUUUCAUGUAAUAACUUUCUGUGAGGGAGCUUUUCAAGACAGUAAACUCUUUGGAUGUCUGGUUCCUAUCACCACUGAAUCGGCAUGUUUUUCUAAAACGGAGCAUUUCACACAGAACCACUAAACUACAUAAACAGAAUGACACUGUUUACAUCUCAACCAUUUAAUUAUGCAGAAAUGUUGAAAAAUGAGGAAUUCCCUUUUAAAUAAGUUCACUGCAUAGUUAGUUACACCAGAGAUAAUGUAAAAGAAAGAAGAAACACUUCUCGAAUGGGAUAGUUUGUAAUAUUUAAUAAUAGCAAUCAGUAAAAGAGCUAGGCGAAUUGUUGGUAAAGGUGUAAGCAGGAAAGCUCCUUGUUUUGGAGAUGUGCAGGCAUAGUAGCCAAAACAACUUGGGAAGAAAAAUAUUUUUGUACACUAUUUGAGCCAAAUACCACAAAAUACCACUGUCAUAAGAAUUUUGUUAGAUUUUACCAGUUUUGACAGAUUUUGCCAUUUUCCACUCAACCCAAUAGAACAAAAUUAGCAUAUACAGAAACUGUUACUUCUCUAUAAAAUUGAAUUAAUGUUGACAUAUUGUCAGUUUGUUAGUCAAACAAUCCACUUGGUUAUUAUUAUUAUCAUUUCUGUCUUUAAUGAAUUACUUUUAGUCAGUUCUUUAUCUACUUUAUCUACACUUCUGACUUUUCUCCUUUUGUUUCAAUGUCAAGAAAUGGCAAAAACAUGACGAGCGUAAAGAUGGAAAGUUUUUUUCCUUCACAACACAAUAACUUUUCAUCAGAUUCAGAUCAUCAUCCCAGAUGAAGCCACAGCCUUCUGUGUCCAGGUGUCCAAGAGAGUAUAAUUGUUCUCUGUUUCUCUCUGGGUGGGUGAUGGUCCUCCCUCGCCCCUUAUCACUCAGUCAGAGAAUUAGCAGUUAGUGUUCUCCUCCAAGCGUGUUGAGCUGUUCACGCUUGACAAAUGACCAGGUUAUAGCAGCUUAAACCAUAUUUUUUAAUUUCGGGGUGGACACGUUUCGGCUCAUGCUGUCCUCAGCACCAUAGGCAAGGCUAGUUUAUUUAUAUAGCACCUUUUAUACUCUGCGGUCAUUCAAAGUGUUUUACAAAUGAGAAAAUACAGAGAUAAUUCAGAUUAGAAUUUGAAAAGAUAUAUGAGGAUAGAAAUUAAAAACAUGAUUAAAACAUGAUUAUAAACAAAUUUAAAAGAGGAGAAAUUAAUCAUUAAAUUAAAAAAUUAAUAAAGUAGGACGGUGAAGUGCUGUUACAGGCUAGAAGUGCAGUAGAGCUAACAGUGUUUAAACUGAGCUGAAAGCUGCUCAAAUAUGAACGCUUUGAGCCUGGAUUUAAAGUGUCCAGUGUCGGGGCUCUUUUAAUGCUCUCUGUCAACUGGUUCCAUUUAAGAGCAGCAUAGUAACAAAAUACUCAAAAGCAAAAGUCAAGUUAUAAUAAAUUGUUCCCUUUUCUACUUACAAAAAAAAAUUCAAAUUUCUCCACUAGUUUGAGAAAUCAUUUUUAAAUAUUUUUUUUGCUACGCUUUUACAACUAGGCCUUGAGCACUGCAUUCUGGUCUUGUCUGGAAAACCAGUCAAUCAUCCUGGAUCUUUCAAAGUAGCAGAUGGGAUAAAAAUUGAUGUUUGACGUAUUUUUAUAUAUUUGGCGUAGACUAUCUGUGUCCACCACAUAUUUAUAGAGCACUGAACACGUUUGUAAGGGAUGUUUUCAGGUUUGUUUGUUAACAUAUUAGUUGCCACAAACUGAAGCUGUUCCUGGAAAUCGGUGUAUAUAUUAAAGAUGUCUCGUUGUCUGUUGUCAGGAGACAAAUGCUCAUCAUAUUUAACUUGCUAUGCACUGUUCAUAUUUGCCUCAACAUGAAAUGUUGGUCUUCGGAGGUUCUCUGGAAAUAAUUAUGUUAAAAUCGCGUUUCUCAGCACAUCGCGGCAUCUUGGCAUGAGCUGCGAUCAGCACGUCAUUGUUGGUUUCUUUUUAUAAGUGUGCUUUGGAGGGUCCAGCUCAUGGAAUGAAAAUAGCCCAGUUUGGGGGAGAAUGUCCUUUUUUGAGCAGAUUUCGAAGCCGCUCUGUGCCCCUUGUUGACCUCUGAGCUGUGUGUCCUUUUCUUCUGCUCGCAUUUCUCAGCUGGGAGUUCUGUAGGCCCAACUGUUUCUACAGCAACCAAGACCAAAAUCCAGUUAUUCUAUUAGGAUCCCGAAAUGAAUGGCAGUUUAAAAGCUUUCUUUUUUCAUAUGGUUUUGUGUGACUUAGAUUAUGGCUGUUUGUAUUGUGCAGAACAGCAAACGUUUUACAGACAGGGGCGCUGAAUGAGAGCCCGCCAAAGUGAAAAGCUCUGCUGGUGUGCAUGUAUUUUGUGUACUUCAUUCAUCGCCAUUGGGAGACAGUAAAUCUAAAUCAUAGAAAGCUUGCAUGGCUUUGUGUUUUGGAGCAGUGUUAAAGGGGUAGUUUGGGUAAAGAAUCAUAUUUACACAGUUUUCUGUUUACUCAAGAUGUAUUAAAUCAGCCAUGAUGUGUUUGGUGUCCAAAUUUUGCUACUUUAGUUUAGAGGGGGCAGUCGUGGGCUGGAGGUUUGGGAACCAGCCUCGUGACCAGAAGGUCACUGGUUUGAUCCCCUGAGCUGACAGUAUGUGACUGAAAUGCCCUUGAGCAAGACACCUAACCCCCAACUGCUCCCUGGGCGCUGUGGAUAGGGCUGCCCACCGCUCCGGGCAAGUGUGCUCACUGCUCCCUAGUGUGUGUGCAUUCACUAGUGUGUAUGUUGUGGUGUUUUGCUGCAUGGAUGGGUUAAAUGCAGAUGUGAAAUUUUCCCACUGUGCAACUAAUAAGGGUCACUUAAUUAGAGCUACGAGGCUAAUGUUGCUAACAAACACUAGAAUUCAGUGGGCACCCAAAUAGCCCAAAUCAUGUCCUUAAAUCACUAUACAUCACCAGAACUUCUCUCAACCUGCUCAAAUUGCAUGUCUUCAUUAAGCAUGAAUUUACAUAGAUUUUCUAAUUCUUGCUAAAAUGAAACUGAUGGAUAAAAUUCCCUUGCUGGAGAAGACAGAGCCUUAAAGACUCAACUUUCAUUCAGAAACAGUGUUUGAAGCUGUUCUUGAGCUGUUUCAGAGUUUUCAAACAGCAUCAGCUGUUCAGUUGUAGUCAAACAUAACAGGCUGUGUUGUGCAGAGUACAUAUACUGUGAUUUGCCUUUUCUUCCUUGUACUUAGAGAAAAUAUUUGGGUGACUAUUGACUCAUGGUUUUUUAGCGACAGUAACCUCGUAGCUCCAGUUCUAAACUAAUGAAGCAAAAUUCAGACACCAAACAUGCCUUCGCCGAUCAACUACAUCUGGAGUAAAUAGAAAAUAGUGUAAAUUAGAUUUUUGGCCGAACUAUUCCUUUAAAUACACUCUUACUGUACUGCUAUACUGUAUGGCUUUUAUGAAACCUUCAUGUUUUUAGCAUUCUUUUAAACAAUGCAAUGCAACACCUUCCUGUUUACUCAUGAAGAAUUCUUAAUUUAACUCAAACUUCAUUUCUACUUGAUGAAAAGUUGCAACCAUUGUAACCAAACUAGUGUAGAUCAUGUUCAUCUGCACUUAAUCAGUUGAAAUAUGCUGCAUUUCAGACGUUUUGCUUGUGAUUUACUGCACUGCGAUGAUUUUAUGUCAUUUUUUUUGUCCUUGCAAACCCUUUAAAAUUUCAGUAGCACUUUAUUUGAAGGCUGCCUACAUAAUGACUUCAUAACACAUGCAUAAGCAUUGAAUGAGAUGAAUGAGAUAUAAAGCAAGGCUUGGGUAAAUAUGAAUGGCGUAUGCCAGUGAUCACAAGAUGGCAUAAGAUGUAUGAGGUAAACGACAUUAUACUGACAAAAGCCUUUAAAUUAAAGUGACAUUAGGUACAUUUAUAACACUGUUAUGAUGCAUUGUUCCCACGUAAUAGGACUUAUAAGGCAGAGGCCUUAUUAGGAGCACCGUGUAUGCCUGUUUGAUGCUUUUUGAAGUAUUUUAGUAUCAAAAGUAAAUAAAAGAAAUUGCAGCUUUGUUAACUUGUUAAAUGGAAACAUUUAAAACUUGUAGGACAUUCCUAACUGUGUCUCUGUUCUGUUACGAUGCUUCAUAACAGCGUUAUAAAUGAAACAACUGUCUCACUUUAGUUUAAGGCCCCUUAUGUCAAUGCAGUGUCAUCUAACAUUUUAUGUCACCUUGUGAUUACUGCCGUAAGCCAUUCAUAACUCAAGUAUUGGUAUAUAAAUCUGCCAUUCAAUGCUUAUACUUGUGUUAUAAGGCGUCUAUGUAGGUAGCCUUCAAAUAAAGUAUUACUAGAAGUUUAGAUGUCCACUGUGUAGUGGACCUUUACAGAAGACCGAUAUGAUAUUGUAUUAUACCUCACAGCAGCAUGUGUAGGAAUCAAACUGCUCAGACGCACACUGGGGCUGAACCUGAAGUUGGCAUGAGAUGGUGCUUUAGCAUUGCUCUGAUUCCAAUGCUAAUAUCAGUUGACUUAUCUGUAGCACUGUGCAUGACCAAGAGAAUAUUCUGUUCAGGACCAGAUGAUGUUUUCGCAAUGUGGUAAAUGAGAACCGAUUAUGCAAAUAUUUGGAGAUUUUUCUGCAUAUAAGCUUUCAAUGUUGACCACUUGCUAUGUUAAAGAAGUGUAUGUUGGGCUAUAGCGAGUCCAUCCAUUUUUGCAAAGGUUCAAUCGUUUAUUUUCCUACUAUAUUUUGAAAUGUAUGACAUGCCUAUAUUCUAUCUUAAAGCUGAUAUAUUUAACCGUUAUUUUUGUAUUGUUCCCUUGGCAAUAAAUAUGCAACAUACAUGCAAUGUCUGAA